GGGUCCUCUUGACGUAGGCGGCUUUCGGUGCCUGAGUUGACCGGGAGCGUAUUACUGUAGACCGGCGUGACGUGAGUUAAGAAGACAAAGAAGGCCCCGAAGCUCCCAGUAGAGAGCAGACCGGCGGAGUGAAGGGAGCCGCGGGGCCGGUACGUGAUACGCGUUAUGUGCGUGCCCUGCGUGCUGUGUGUAGUGGCUUUUUGGGCUUGUCGAGAUGGACCACAAAGAAGAUUCAGACAGAGAUCCCUUUACUGACCUCAGGAAGGCCCCUCGGAGCAAAUCUCAUCUCGGAUACUCAAAGGAACAACUUCUAGAUAUUAAAGAGUUGCCGCAUUCAAAACAGAGGCCGUCCUGUUUAUCAGAUAAAUAUAACAGUGAUGGCGUUUGGGAUCCUGAAAAGUGGCAUGCAUCUCUCUACCCAAAUUCUGGCCGCAGUUCUCCAAUUGACUUAUUAAAAAAAGAGGCUGAUGCAGAAAGAACUUCUCUUAAGCGUAGGAUAGCAGACCCCAGGGAGCGUGUGAAGGAGGAUGACCUUGAUGUGGUUCUAAGUCCACAGAGAAGAAGUUUUGGGGGAGGUUGUCAUGUGACUGCUGCUGUGGGCUCACGUCGAGCUGGGAGCCCUCUGGAUAACAAGGAAAAUGAGAGCCUCCGUCUGGCCGGCAGUCGAAGGAUUGGUAGUGGGAGAAUAAUAGCUGCAAGAGGGUUUGAACGUGACUUACGAGGUGGAGAAAAAGAUGGUAGAGAACUUCGUGAUGGAAGAGAACGCGAAAAGGAGUACAAAGAUAAGCGUUUUAGGAGGGAGUAUGGUGACAGUAAAAGAGUGUUUGGUGAACGCAGAAGAAAUGAUUCUUACACAGAAGAGGAGCCGGAGUGGUUUUCUGGUGGACCAACAAGCCAGUCAGAGACAAUAGAGCUUACAGGGUUUGAUGACAAGAUCCUGGAGGAAGAUCAGAAAGGAAGAAAACGAACACGGAAACGAACAUCUGUGAAGGAAGGCAAGGGGUUUGAAUACAAUGGAGGAGUCUUGGAGGAAGAGCCAACUCUUCCUCCAGAAUCUACUGCUGAUCAGGAAGUGCCUCGAGAGGCCGUUCUGCCAGAACCAGCACCUGGAGAAUUUGACUUCAAUGAAUUUUUUAACCUGGAUAAGAGUGUUCCUGGAUUGGCUUCGAUGAUUGAGGAUGUGCUAGGGGAAGGGUCCGUAUCUGCUAGCAGAUUCAGCAGGUGGUUCUCCAAUCACAGCCACUCUGGAAGUCGAUCCAGCAGUCUAAGGUCCACUCCUCAUGAGGAGCUAGAAAGACUAGCAGGAUUGGAGCAAGUCAUUCCCAGUAUUGGGCAGAACUCUGCAAACUACUUUGCUCCUAUUCAAUUUGAAGAUAAUGCAGACAAAGUUGAUAUCCUAGAAAUAUUGCAGAAAGCCAAAGUUGAUUUAAAACCUUUGUUAUCAAGCCUAACUGCGAACAAGGAGAAACUGCGGGAGAGCACGCAUUCUGGAGUUGCCUUCUCAGUGGAAGAGGUUGAAGCUGGACUAAAGGGUUUGAAAGUUGAGCAGGAGGGAAAGAUAGCAACCCCUUUUAUGGCUGAACAACUGGAAGGCGCUAUAACGGCUAUGGCUGGACCCAGGAGGUCACAGAAAGAUGGGGAAAUGUCUGCUUUUAACAAACUUGUGAGCAGUAUGAAGGCAAGUGGAACGCUACCUACCCAACCCAAAGUCAAUAGAAAUCUAGAUGGUCAUUUGAUGUCGUCCUCUGAUGUUACAGGCCCUUCUCCCUUGCAACGGAACAUUCUGCAGGAGCUUCUAGGGCCUCCUAUUUCUGAUCCGUCCUCCAACAUUAUGGGACCUCUAGACCCCACAACAUCACUUCUUAGGCAACGGACACCAUCUCCUCAAAUGCCACCGGUUUUUCCAACACGUGCCUCAUCUGCAGAUUAUCUUCGAGCUAGAAUACCUUCUCCGUUAGGGUUUUCAUCAAGCCAUCAGCAUCUUCUCGGAGAGCAAUUUUCCACUGGAGUGCCGAAGGCGGACAGCCCGAUCAUGGCACAAGUUAGCCCACUGGACAUGCAGCAAGCUGUAUUGGAAGGCUUGGUAUCCCAUGAUCUUGCUUUCCCAGCUGCAGGUUACUACCAACCUAUCUAUGGUAAAAUGCACAUGGACAAAGGCAGGGAUGGGUUUUGUAACAGACCACAGCAGAGGAUGAAUAAGUCUCCAGUUAACAUGCGCAUGUCACCAGGCCCAGCUGCCCCUGUCACCAGCAUGCUUUCUCCAUCAUUCACACCUACCUCAGUCAUCCGUAAAAUGUAUGAAAGCAAGGAGAAAAACAAAGAUGAGACCCGUUCUGUAAAGCAGAUUGCCCAAGGUAAAGAAGGAAGGCAGUUCCAGGAAGAUGGAGUCUUAUCUGGUCAUGUAUCUGACAAUGCUGUCCAAGGCACCUCUCCGGUUCUGGGAGCCAGGUUUCCAACCUCUCAACGCUCUGGAUGUUCUCCACCAUUAACCAACCAGAGCCGCUACACCAAAGAUCAAGAAUACCGGCCUAAAUCGUCUGGAAGGCUAACUCCAACUAUGGCUUCUCCCGUUCCCAGAGCUUCCUUUUUACGCCCUCUCCACCAGGUACCUCUUGUGCCAGUUCAGCCAUCCCACCCGUUGCAUCCCGGUUUGGUACAAAAGAUGUUGGCACAGGGCGUACCUCCACAACAUCUUUCUCUUCUACAACCAGGACUCUUGCCUCCUGGUAUUGACCUGUCAGCUCUACAUGCCCCUUCACCAUCUGUCCUUGGUCAGCCGUUCUACCCGCUCGCACAGCCUGGGCAUCCGCUCCUUAAUCAGCGACCAACAAAUCCCCUCCAGCUUGCAAUGAUGCAACAGUCUGUACAGCGAUCAGGGUCUGGCAAUUUUUCUGGUGUACAUGCUCUUUCACAAGGUAUGCAGAGUCGUCCUAAUCUGCAUAUGAUGGAUCAACGUCCUCAAAGGAGCUCCUCCCCAGUUGGCCUGGCCAAGUGGUUUGGAUCUGAUGUCUUGCAGCAGCCGCUCCCUUCUAUGCCUGCUAAAGUGAUCAGUGUGGAUGAACUUGAAUACAGACAAUGAAGUAGAACUGAAUUGGUGGUUCAUGGUCUACAGUUUGAUCCAUUCUGGGCAGAAGAUGGUCUGUGUCUUAAUCCGGAGGCCUACCUAAUCAACUUUGCAUAGUGGUUUGCUUCCCCCUCCUAUCUGCUCAAUAUUCAUGCAGACUUGUCUGAUCAAGGAGGUUUCAUCUCAUUUGCCCAUUGAGCUUCUUUUUUUUUUUUUUUUUCUGGGAAGGGGCACUUUAAUUAUUAUUUUUUUUUUCUUUCAACUUGGCAGUCUGCUGAGGGAUUAUGGAGAUCUCUGGCAAGAGGAACUUUGUGUACAGACUUGUAUAAAGGUUUUUGUUUGUGUAUAUACUCAAAUUUAGAAUAGUUUUUGUUUGACUAGCUGUACAGAUGAGAAAGCGAAGUCUGUUUUGCCACUUACAGAGCCUGAGCUCUCCCUUUAAUUUGUACAUGUCUUUUCUUUCAAUUAAAUCUGCAUAAUGCAAAUGGG